CCUGAUUGUAACAGCCGGCGAGUUUCCCAAUCCGGGAGCCGGCAGGAACAGUCGUUCUUGGCGACGCGCCCUCUUGUGUAAAUAUUGGCGAGCCAUUUUUAGUUGUAACUCGGAAUGGGCGACAAUCCAAAAGAAAGGUGGCAUGCUGGUGAUAGAUGCCUGGCUUCUUUUUCUGAAAAUGGAAAGCUUUGUGAAGCCAUAAUAACAUCCCUUGAAACCGAUGAGUAUGGAGAAUGUUUUGCUGUUGUUUCUUUUUGUGGAUCUCAAGAACAGAGAAUAGCCGUAGCAAAACUCUGUAGGAUUAAAAAUACUGCACCGAAGAGCUUCAUAUUUGAUAAUGAAGAUUUGGAGAAACCUUACUUUCCUGACAGAAGACUUCCCUCACCUUCAGUUGCUUUUGAAUUGUCCAUACAUGGGGAUUCUAUCCCUUAUACAAUUAAUAGAUACUUACGUGAUUAUCAAAGGGAAGGUGCCCUGUUUUUGUAUGGACACUAUGUUCAUAAACGUGGAUGUAUUCUCGGAGAUGACAUGGGCCUUGGAAAAACAAUACAGGUAAUCUCAUUCCUGGCUGCAGUACUAAAUAAAAAAGGAACGCGUGCAGAUAUUGAAAACAACAUGCCUGAAUUUUUGCUAAGAACAGUGAAAAAAGAUGUGCCAUCUGUUCCAAAGAAUAUUUUCCUAAUUGUGACCCCUCUUUCUGUGCUGUAUAAUUGGAAAGAAGAAUUGGACACUUGGGGUUACUUCAGGGUUAUUGUGUUGUAUGGCAGUAGAAAGGACUAUGAACUGAAUCGAAUCAAACAAGGGAAAUGUGAGAUUGUGCUCACUACUUAUACGACUCUUCACCGAUAUUUGGAUGAGUUCAUCAGCCUGAAGUGGUCAGCUGUCAUUGUAGAUGAAGUGCACAGAAUCAAGAAUCCAAAGGCUCAAGUAACUAAAACCAUGAAGGCAUUAACAUGUAAUGUUCGAAUAGGACUCACUGGGACAAUUCUACAGAACAACAUGAAAGAACUUUGGUGUGUCAUGGACUGGGCUGUACCAGGACUUUUGGGUGGUGAAGCAAGGUUCAAGAAGGAGUUUUCAGAUCCAGUAGAGCAUGGCCAGAGGCACAUGGCAACUAAAAGAGAGUUAGCAACAGGUCGGAAGGCAAUGCAGAGGCUGGCUCAGAAAAUGCGUGGCUACUUCUUAAGGCGUACGAAGUCUCUCAUUAAGAGCCAGCUGCCCAAGAAGGAAGACAGAAUGGUAUAUUGUUCUCUAACGGAGUUUCAGAGAGCAGUUUAUAAGGCCGUAUUGGAGACAGAAGAUGUACACUUGGUUCUUCAAGCACGGGAACCCUGUAGUUGCAACAGUGGCCGUAAAAGGAGGAAUUGUUGUUACAAAACAAACACACAUGGUGAAACAAUGCAAGCUUUGUAUUUCAGUUACCUGACAAUUCUUCGUAAGAUUGCCAAUCAUGCUGCACUGUUACAAACUGACAGCACUAGCAAACAGCAGCUGUGA